GUGUUUGUGGAGCCUCCCCCUCCCCUCCUUCUCCCGCUACAGAGCCUUGACCAUAUGGGCUGAUUUACAGCCAUUGUAAAUAGAACUUAACACAGCUCCUGUUAGAGGCUGUUGAACCUCUAUUCGCCUUCCUUUCCUCAGCGCUUAUCGCCAGCACCGCUCUGACGGCUGGUUCACGUUUAAAGGAUGCUGGAGAAGAAUAAACAAGCUUCCGAAAGGCGUCUGCAAAGUGGCGUUUUGCCUUUUGUGCAGAUGGUUGACGGUGCAACAAACGGAGACGGGGAUGGAGCCUGUGUUUUAUUGCGCCCUGGUGCGUAUUUGCUCGGUUUAACCCUACGAGGUGGUCAGAUCAGAUUUGAUUUUGAGUUGAAAUGGUGAUGAUGGCGCCUCGCAGAUUCGAAAGGGUCCAAAAAGCCCUCGAACGUGGUCGCGCGUUGCCCGUGAAGGCCGAGGUCUAACAUCUGAGCGUCGGCUGCGUCAAAACAACUACAGAAAGCAACCGUGCACAAAAAAAACAAAAAACAAAAAACAGACUCUUUGCACCAGUGAGCAGCAUGUGAUUUCUGUGUGAUUCACGUACAGCCACUGUUCCUGCAUAUGCAUCAAGUGAUUCUGUUCGUGAACUCGUCCACUAACCCUCGUGUUGCCUGUGAGCUUUUUGGGGAGGGGGAGUCGCUUAGGUAACAGACCAGGAACUUGGACGUUUUGAAAGAACGAAGACGUGUAGGCCACAAAACAUAAGAAAUACGAAGGAACCCCUUCAGAAGAACUGUCGAGUCUGGAUUAUCUGAGCCCCACUCAGGCUCGGCAACUGGACAACCGGCUUUAGAUGGUUCUGCAGGUUGCUCCAGUGGAUAUGAGCAACGCUUAAAUGCUAAGUGCAUGCACGCUAUUUUUAACUACUCCAUAAAUGUCUGUAGUGAGUAACAAACUAUAAACUGCAAAGCUUUCAGCUACAAAGGAGUGGAAGUCUGACUGUGUCAUCUCUGCGAGAUUUACUCCCACAUCCUGUUGCAGUACAGUCCGAAGCAGACAGUAAAAAACCAAACCAAAAACCGACUGAGACAGUUUUGUAGAAGCUUCCGAACGCUUCCCCCCAGACCGGCAAAGGCGUGAGCCGUUUCUGAGAGAGCGAAUGCGACCGGCAGUGGAGCCGCCUCAUCACACUGCACGACUGUUUCAUUUCGUUUUUUUUUUUUUGCUUCGUAUUUACCAUCCGCCAGGAACCUGCAGGCCAGUUCACCUAUGGAUCAGGGUUCAUCUCAGAAACCCAGGGGAUUCCAUGACGCAUCGACCCGACCGACGCCCCCCAUCCGAUCGACGCUGACGCUGACGCCGAUGCUGAUGCGCUAGAGGAUCUGUAGGGCAAGCGAGGCCGAGGAGGGUCAGAGGUGAAAGGUCGCAGUCCACGCAGCCGAGGCGGGAGCUGAGGUUUCGGAGAAGAAUCGGGGAUCGGGAGGGAAGGUCGAGGGAUCAAAGAUGAUGACAUCCCACGGAAAGCUGAGGAGGGAGAAGGGGAGCCUGGCCGAGUACGAGUCCCAGAUGAAGGACCUGCGGGCCCAGCUGACGGACCAGAUAAAGAUUUUAGACUCUCAGGUGGAGGUGAAGCAGCAGCAGCUCUCAGAUCUGUCUGAGUUCCUGCGGCGCCGCGGCGACAUCGAGGCUGAAUACGCUCGCGCCCUCGACAAACUCACGGAGAGAUUCACCCACAAGACUAAAAAGAAGGAGCAGUGGGGUCAGUCCGUGUGUCAGGUCUGGUCCGUUUUGCUGACUCAGACCCGUCUGGAGAGCCGGGAACAUGCAGCACUGGGCGACACCUGCUGCAACACGCUCACUCAGAGGCUGGUGCACAGCACGGAGGACACGCACCGCCUGCACAAACGGAGCAAAGAAGUUGGAAUCCAGAUGCAGGAUGAGUUGCUUAAGGUCACGACUGAGCUGCAGACGGCUCUGAAGACCUACAACCAGUACCACACCGACUGCCUGAUAGCGGAGGGGAAGCUGAAGGAGGCCGAGCGGCUGGAGGAGAGGCAGACCGGCAAGUCGGCGGACGUCGGCCAGAGCACGCUGGUGGGGCAGAGGCGGAGCUCCGUCAAAAAGAUGGAGCGGCUGAUGGAGAAGAGGCACGGCAGGGUGCAGGAGACCCAGCUGAAGUGCACCAAGGCUCGUAACGACUACCUGCUGAACCUGGCGGCAGCGAACGCAGCCAUGAACAAGUACUACCUGCAGGACGUCAGCACUCUCAUCGACUGCUGCGACCUCGGUUUCCAUCUGUCCAUGGAGAGGGUGAUGAAGUGCUACCUGGCCAGCAGGUGGCGCAUCCAGAAGACGGAGGAGACGGGCCUUAAGCAGCUGGAGGCCGCCGUGGUCGCCCUGGACCAGGGCGGCGACAGAGACGCGCUGCUGCAGCAGCACGACUCGGCCUUCUGCCUCCCGUUCAGAUUCAGCUACCACCCACACGAGGGAGACCAGGUGUGCGAGGUUAGCGCGGAGAGCCAGGUGAGGUACGAGCUGGAGACCAGAUUCCAGCAGCUUCAGUCUCGACUCGCAGCCGUCACCUUGGAAACGGAGGAGGUCAGUAAAACGCUGAAAGCCACGCUCGCCGCCCUGCUGGACACCAUGUGCGACAGCGAGUGUAACCCCUCCCCCGACGUGCCCAGCAGCCUAUCGCACGAGGCCCCUGGAGGAAGCGCCGUCCCAAAGCUCACCCUUGCCAAGCGUCGAGCCAAUCAGCAGGAGACAGAGACCUACUACUUUACAAAAGUGAAGGAGUUCCUCACCAGCAGUUCUCUGAGCUCCAAACUUCAAGCCAAACAUGAUCUUCUACAAGAUGCCAUACAGAAAGCCGAGGCCGUUGACAGUGACCCCUCCAGAAUGCAAUGCGCUCGGUCAGUGCGCAUUCGGAAGUCCAGGCCUGUUUCCCAAUUCUGCCACACACUCUUCACCACAGACAUACUGUCCUACAUACAGAGCUCCGGGCAGCAGAUUCCUGUGGUGGUUGAAAGCUGCAUCCGUUUCAUAAACCUUCACGGCCUCCACCAUGAAGGAAUCUUCAGAGUUCCUGGUUCCCAAAGGGAGGUUAACCUCAUCCGUGAUGCAUUUGAGAGAGGAGAGGAUCCUCUGUCGGACAGCGAGUGCGACCUGGACUCCGUGGCCGGCGUGUUGAAGCUUUACUUCAGGGGCCUCGAGCCUCCGCUCUUCCCCUACGACAGCUACUCUCAGCUGCUGGAGUGUGUCCAGAUUGAAGGGGCGACGGAGAAAGCAGCCCAGAUCAAAGCGAUCCUCUCCACCUUCCCGCGGCCUCUCCUCAUCGUGAUUCGUUACCUCUUCGCUUUCCUCAAUCAUGUGUCUCAGUACAGCGACGAGAACAUGAUGCAGCCCUACAACCUGGCCGUUUGCUUCGGCCCGAGCCUCCUGAGGGGGACGGACUCCGACGACGCCGUCGCCAGGCAGCCGCAGGUCAAUGACCUCGUCAAAACCAUGAUCCUCCAGCACGACAUCAUCUUCCCCGGCCAGUCAGAGCUGCCGGGCCCCGUCUACGAGAAGCACAUGACCGAGCAGGAGCAGGAGUACUGUGAACCAAUCACGGAGGAGGGAGACGGAGAAGCGGAGCCUCUGCCCAGUGAGGACGAGUGGGAGGCGGUGGCUAUGUUCGACUACGUGGCGAGGUCUCCGGCAGAGCUUUCCUUCAAGCAGGGAGAGCCGCUCGUCCUUCACAGCAAGGCCUCCUGCGAUUGGUGGAGGGGCGAGGUGGGCGGAGUCAAAGGCCUCAUCCCUCACAAGUACAUCAGUGUGUUGGAAGGGUCAGAGCGAGGGAAAAGAGAAGAAGGAGGAGGAGGAGGAGGAGGAGGAGGCAGCACUGGAAACCUGACAGCAGAAGAUCCACAGACGGAGAGCACAACGCGGAUGCGAGUGAACAGCGAUAGCGCUUCGUUGCCAGGGAGACAGAGAGGAAGCGAGGGGAGUUCCAAUCAGAAGCCGCCAACCUCCCCUGCAACAAGACACCUGCCGGUGUCUCAGGAGCGAAGACACACUUUGGACACGGUGAGACAGGGCAACUUGAGACCCCCAGACAGACCUCCAUUCGUCCAGCCGGAAAGAACCCCCAUCGAUAAGGACAUGAUCAGCCGUCAGAUGAACUCGGUGUUCAAGGAGCUCCUCUCUCGACAGCCCCCGUUGCAGUCCUCCGCCGCCCCCGGCGCCCCUGCUCCAUCUUCUUCCUCCUCCGCCUCCUCCUCCUCCUCCUCCACCUCCUCCCCCCUCCCUCAAGCUGCCCCCGCUGUCAAAAAAGUUGGAUUCGUUCACAGAGGUCGAGCCCUUUUCAGACCGGUGGACUGAGGGUUAGGAGGUGGAAGAAGACGGCGACGACGAGGGAGGAGUCGAUGAUUAAUACGCUGACGGUGCAUUUGGUGAAAAUGUUGAUUUUUAUUUUAUUAUCUUUUAUGACAUGUGUAUAAUAAUUGCGUCUCUGCCAUCAUCUCAUAGUGCCACUAGUCUCUGUGCCGUGUUACCGUACGUCCAGUGUGUCAGAUUUACAGCUGUUUUUUUUUAAUUAUUUUUUUUUCUUUGGUCUUUUUUUUUUUUCUUACGGUUUUAGUUCUCCAGGCUUCUGCAGUUUUUGGAGAAUCAGGGACGUGAUAUCACCAGACUGACUUUUAAAGGUGGUUGCCAUGAUACUUACUGUAAGUCAACAACAACAAUGAAAGACUUAAGCUGCCCCCUAGUGGCAGGUCUGAGAUCAGCUCAACCUUACAACUUGUUUGUUUUGUUUAAAAAAAAAAAAGAAAAAGAAAACGAAAACUGAUCUGGGGCCUGUGUCUAGGAGUGCCUUCGCAUCUUUUACUCUUCACAUUUAUUUCACAUGAAGACCAGAUAGAUUUAAACUAUUAUAUUUAAAUACUCUUUGGAAGAUGUUUACCGACCCCAGUGUGUUUAGUAUUAAAAGACAAAGCACUGUUUGGAUGAAAUAAUAAUGUGAAUGAAUUUUGUCGAAUAUCUAAAUGAACCAUGUCGUUUGUGAAAUAAGAGGAUUAAAACUCAACUUACUAUUCAGUAUCUAUGCAUUUAACAACAUAUUUCACGUUAAGACACAAUGUGACACAAGAGACAUUUAAAUUCAUAUACAGUAUAUAUUAAAAUGUUUAAUAAUGUAUUUAUUCUCUAUUUAGCUAGCUAACUAGCUAGAAGCACCAAGAAAAGCGUUUUAUCUCAACAGAUUCCUCAAAAGCGCUUCUUUACAAACUAUAAUGAGGAAAAGAGUUCAGUAAAACGUUAGCAUGCUAUCAACACUGUCUGUUUACAUCAAUGCUACUUCAUAACCCGGGGUAGCUUGCUAACCCCUACAUAGGGGACUCAAAAUUUCCCAUAAAGCAUUGCGAAAAGUAGUGCCUAUCCGAUGGUCACGCACGGUGAUGGAUAUCCCAUCAUGCCUUGCGUCAAUAGCGGCGCCGCCGUUAAUGGCCGUUAAGUGAGACACUUUUUGAAGUUACGUCGCUAAAAUAUGAAAGUUUUUUUAAACAUAAUUUUAUUUUAUUUUAUUUUAUGAACAUCACACAUGUUUGUUUAUAAAUUAAUCACGUUUUAGUAAUGUGUAAAUUAUAAUGGGAUAACCAGGUGAUUCGCGGCAGUCUGACACGUAAUGAUGCGACAGCAGUGACGUCAUUAACUGGGCGUCAAACGCGGUGUCCACCUGUGGAUGCUUUGUGAUGGGAAAUUGGUCUGGAUUCUUAGAUGGCAGGUAAAAUAAAUAAAUAAAUUGGAGGUGCAGCUCCACUUGGUGUGCUACAAACAGGUGACACCAAAACAAAUCAGAAGACUGACACAACAAUUGAAGAAGAAUACUUAAAAUUAAUAAAAUAAAUAAAUACAUAUUGCACCAUAGUGAGAAGAGGAAGUAUUAGCAGCGUUAAAGGGGAAGUGAAGCACUCAAUCAAGUAAACCACAUUUUAUAGACUGAGUUCCGCUCUCUCUUGUCAACAACAUAUUGCUAUACUGUGGCCUGUGGCAUCAUGGGGUUGGUUAUUCCUAUAGUGGUAGACAGUAGCUGGGUUUACAAGCCAAAUAUUCAGAUUAGAAUGGGUUUAGAAAUCCAAACUGAAUGAAAAUGCUCCAUAUAAACACCUCAAUUGGAAUAAACAGGGGUAGAAUAUUCCUUUUCCCAAACCGAUCGAAAGCCAUGUAAACAAUGAAUCUGUAUAAAGUCAGGCUCCGUUCUGUAGACGACGUUCUGAGCAUGCUCUGUCGUGACCUAAAUGCACAUUGAGUGAUCUGUGGUGAUCUGUAGAUGGCAGAAAACAAUAGAAAUAUUGACGUGUUUACAUGCUUCGUUGCUCUAGUUCGGUGCAGAGGUUUCUUUUUCUGUCUCGAGAAGUCUUGCUAUGCUGCGUUAAACUUUGCUAACCGUGGCAGCUAGCUCGAAAUUUAAGACAAACUUUUGAAAUAAUCAUUUUAAAAAUAAACAUUUCUUCUAAAGCUGUUUCAUAAAAAAAAAAUCUUCGAUCUCACAAUGUCUUGGUUCAUUUAGAUAUUUUACACGAAUGGUUAUUUAUUUUCUAAUUAUUAAUUUAUUGAACAUUAGACACUUUGCGGUCCAGUGCGUUAGCUGUAGGCAGUGUGCUCAGUAUUUUCUUCAUAGCAGCAUGCGGUGUUAGAACACACACACACACACACACACACACAGACACACAUGGAAAAACACAUUCCCCUUCAUAUGUGAUACAUGGCCUGACAUGCAGGCCAAAUCUCAGGGCUUCUGCAGAGUUAUAGACAGGCUAACUCAGGUCUGGCUUUCGAAGGAAUAAGUAAGAGUUCCUCACUCAGGUCUUAGGUUGACUUACUCUUCAACUGGAAACUGUGCCCAAGCCUCAAGAGCCUGAACGAACCCACCCCCACCACCCACCCAGCCCCACCACACCCCGGCGUCAGAGAGGUGUCAGAGACUUCCUCUGGUUUAAACUGUGAAUGCAAACGGCAGCAUUUUGGAACCGAAACUCUUAUUUCAUUCAUCGCCCUCGCUAGCUCUAGCGCCAUCCACAGGUCCCGCUCAGAUACGUUCCAUUGAUUUCUGCAAUGAGGUGUGCAAUUGGUUUGAAAAGUAUGUGAAAUGGCAUUUCACCCCCCUCUCUCUCAUGUUUCAGUAUUGGGGACAUAGAAGUAGUUUAUUUUUAGUUUUUGUUUUAUUAUUUGGUUUCGUUUAUUUGUUUUGAAUCAAUUCUACUUCUACAAUUAAAUCGUCCAUGUUAUUCUGGGUCACUGUUUGAUGAUGUCACUAAAUCUACUGUGUCCAACUGUAUAUGUGGUUAAAAAAAACAAAACAAGAUCAAUUCAAUAAAGAUGAUAAAAGUGA